GUAAGGACUCUCCGGAUGUUUCAGCAGCGGUGCGAGACGGAGCAGUGAGAGUUACAGCAGUGUCGCUCUCAUGAUCAGCGUUAGUGUGAUUCAUCGUUAAUAAGCUAUCUGAGGUAAUAAUCGCGUGAGGAAGAGGAGGAUGAGUGAGGAGUGGGGGAGUGAGAGGAAGAGGAGGAUGAGUGAGGAGUGGGGGAGUGAGAGGAAGAGGAGGAGAGAGACGGUGCUGAGUGUACUGGGAUUAGUGCUGCUGUUAUACGCCGCUGUGCAGCUCGUCUUCUACACCGCUACACACACUCCUGAACAUCAUCACAGACUGAGACGGGCGCUGGAGAAUGAGAGCCGGUGUGUUCCUCCUCAGUCCUCCGAGUUUCCCGAGGGGUUUUUCACAGAACAGGAGCGUAAAGACGGAGGGAUUGUUAUUUAUUUCAUCAUUAUUUUUUACAUGCUGCUCGCCGUCUCUGUAGUCUGUGAUGAGUAUUUUUUACCAUCACUCGAAGUCAUCAGCGACCGUCUCGGUCUCUCUCAGGACGUCGCUGGUGCCACUUUCAUGGCUGCUGGAAGCUCCGCCCCCGAACUCGUCACCGCCUUUCUGGGUGUGUUCGUGACAAAGGGAGAUAUCGGUGUGAGCACUAUCGUGGGCUCCGCUGUUUAUAACCUGCUGGGAAUCUGCGCUGCAUGUGGCCUCUUAAGCUCAGUGGUUAGUCGUCUGAGUUGUUGGCCGUUGUUCAGGGACUGUAUCGCCUACGCCAUUAGUGUGACCGCUGUGAUCGCCAUGAUCUCUGAUAACCAGGUGUACUGGUAUGACGCAGCAUGUCUGUUACUGGUGUACGGUGUGUACAUCGUGGUGUUGUGUUUUGACGUGAGGAUCAGUGAGUAUGUGUUGCGGCGUUUCAGUCCAUGUUGUGUGUGUUUGGGGAAGAGUGAGGAGGAGCUCUCAGAGAGACGGCCCCUCAGUGGGUGGAGCCACGACCAAGACCAUGAUGAUGUCACAAGUCUGCGAGUCUCCCGCCGCUCACGUACAGACAGUGGCAUCUUCCACGAGGACUCAUCGUACUCACACCUGUCCCUCAGCCUGCACGGCCUCUCAGACACACCCCGUGAGCCCCACAGCGUGUUCCGGAUGCCCGACAGUGAUGUGAAGCGUAUAUUUUGGGUGUUGUCGGUGCCUGUGAUGGUGCUGCUCUACGUUACGGUACCUGACUGCAGGAAACGGUUCUGGAAGAAGUUCUACAUGCUGACGUUCUUCAUGGCUGCCGUGUGGAUCGCCGCCUUCACCUACGUGCUCGUCUGGAUGGUCACCAUCGUGGGAGAGACACUGGAGAUUCCUGACACGGUGAUGGGGCUUACACUGUUAGCAGCAGGAACCAGCAUCCCGGAUACGAUCGCUAGCGUGAUGGUGGCUCGAGAGGGUAAAGGAGACAUGGCCAUGUCCAACAUCGUGGGCUCUAACGUGUUUGACAUGCUGUGUCUGGGCCUGCCGUGGUUUAUAAAGACGGCGUUUGUGGACCCGUCGUCUCCGGUGGUGGUGAACAGUACGGGUCUGGUCUUCACCACCUCCUCGCUCCUCAUCUCCAUCCUCAUCCUCUUCAUCGCCACUCACAUCAAUGGCUGGAAGCUGGACAGGAAGCUCGGAGCUGCCUGCUUAGUCAUCUACGUGAUUUUCGCCACGCUGUCCAUCCUCUACGAGCUCGGGAUCAUCGGGAACAGUCCGAUCCGCGCCUGCGGCGACUAACUGACCUCAGAUCAGAAUUUAACACAGCACACUGGACCUGAAAAACUGCAGUAUGGAGAUCUCCUGAUCUCAGAUCAGCAUUAACAUUAAAGAUAACUGACCUCACAUCAGCCUUAACACACAGUGACUGAACCUGGACAUACAGGGCUCACACAGAAGACCUAAACCACUACAGAUCACUGACCUCAGAUCAGUGUUAAUACACAACAGCUGAGACUCCUGAGAACACCUGUGCCUGUUUAACUGAUCUCAGAUCAGAUCCUGUGGUUUAUGCAGAAUCAGCUUCAACACUGGACUUAAAAACAACAGAUUUAUUUCUGUUUGUACAGAAUUACUGAUCUCAGAUCAUUUAUAACAUUUCAGGGGUCAUCUAGAACCUGACCUCAGAUCAGUCUGAACACAUUUACACUGCAUCUGAAACAGGUUUAUCCACAACACACCAUGCUGCAGCACACUGAAGGUCAGAACUGUGCAGAAUAACUGACCUCAGAUCAGUGUUCACACCACACACUGCUCCUGAGUCACACACAUCAUCAUCAUCAUCAUCAUCAUCACCAUCGUGUGUUUAAUGCAUUACUACUGACCUCAGAUCAGCGUUCACACCACACACUGCUCCUGAGUCACACACAUCAUCAUCAUCAUCACCAUCAUCAUCAUCAUCACCAUCGUGUGUUUAAUGCAUUACUACUGACCUCAGAUCAGUUUUAAUCACCACACACUGCUCCUGAGUCACACACACAUCAUCAUCAUCAUCAUCAUCGUGUGUUUAAUGCAUUACUACUGACCUCAGAU